AUGCUGCGACGCUUCAUUUUUCACACGCUAGUCUUCCCUCCUGCGCCGUUGCCAGCGGUGCGCCGGAUAAUUCACUGUCGAGGGCAUAGCAGCAGUGCCACUGGCGACGAGGUCCAGGCUGCACGCGCCUGGCUCGCGGAGCUCCAUGCAGAGACGAUCCCUUUCAAGAGCAUUGGCGAAUUGAGCUUCAGCAGAUCAUCAGGACCGGGCGGCCAAAAUGUAAACAAAUCCAAUGCUAUAAUAGUCCAGGCCGACGACAGUCGAAAGCAGAGCGACAAUGCUCAGAGCUGCUACAGGCGCAUAUACGAGGCCAUUGCCCGAGCCGGACAAGAUGCUGUGCCCGCCGAGACGUCGGCAGCACAGGUGCAGCGUGUCAAACAACUACAGAAGGCAGAUAACGAGCGCCGCCUCAAGAGCAAGAAGCAGCAGAGCGCUAAGAAGACGUCGCGACGAAGCCGGGGUGACGAGUGA